AUACCAAGACCAUCAAGUGACCGUCCAGGCAGGUAUGGAACUGGACUCUGCAACGCAUAAUUGCUAAGUAGAUUGCCUUUGCAUGGGCUGUUGUCUGUUACAGAAAACCACUCACGAAAUUCAAGAAUUGACCGUUGGGAAAUUCUAUACGACUGUAUUCCUGUGCUGACAUCACAUUGCAGCGAACGAGGGCCGCAUCGCGCCUCGACAGCUUGCAUUUGCAUCUUCACGAUGAUGAUCUUGGUCGCUUCUCACUAAAAGGCGCCGCUGAGCUACCGACUCCUUCCCCUCCCGAAAGCUUCCCGCUCGUCAAACCCCAUCAGUCACAAGCUAUCUACGUAUCUCGAUCAUCCCCGCUGUCUUCAACUCCACUCAACCUCUCAUCAACCCACCCUUCAAGAUACGGACUUGAGCAUUGUGCUAUUCCAUCUCUCAUCUCUCGUUCGCAGAGUAUACAUACGUCGUCAACGGCAAUCUGCGUCAACCUGAACCCGAUACCAAAAGCAACUGCGGGCAGAGCAACAGCCACUUCCAAAAUACAACCACUAACGAGCAACGGCCGGAACGAAGAGACGAUAACGAGUUACGGGACCACCACGUAAGGAUACGAUACAUACCUGACACAAGGACACGCUCUUACAAAUCGAAACGAGCAUUCCAAUAAUCGCACACGAGAUUUCCUAACCUACUACACAUCACAACUGUCUCAGGAAAGGCAAAACAAGAACAAACAAAACAAUGGACUUCGCACCUUACCAAGCCGCACCCCCGGAGCAUGGGCGCACCAUCUCACCACCCGACUCCACCUCCUCCCCACGCACAUCAUGGGACUACGGCCGCCGUUCUUCCUACUCCCCCAGCAGCGGAAACAAGUACCAACAGCGCCCAGCGCAAGUAUCGCCUCCGCCACUUCUACACCCACAACCACAUCGUGCUUGGUCGGGUGAGGGCAUCAGCAGGUAUCAAAGUCCGAGUGCUACUCCUGGCACCGCCAAUGGGAUCGGCAGUGGCAUUGGGUUCAACAGUAGGAACGGCAGUGGUGGUGGAGGAGGAGGAGGAGGAGUAGGAGGAAGCAUGGGCGAAUAUUUCAAUGCGCUGGGCGCUCGAGAGGGGAUGGUGUCCGAGUUUGAUACGAGCUUGGGACUGAGGCUGGAUUAUGAGGCGUGUUUGGCGUAUUUGGCAGUGCCGCCGCUGGGAGCGAUUUUGCUGUUGAUUUUGGAGCGGAAGAGUGAUUAUGUCAGGUUCCACGCAUGGCAGUCCAGUCUGCUGUUUACGGCAUUGUUUGUGCUUCAUUUGUUGAUUUCUUGGUCGAGUUUCCUUAGCUGGCUGUUAUUUCUGGCGGAUUUGGCGUUGGUAGGAUGGCUGGUUAUUAAUGCUUAUAGGGACGCCGACACGUUAGACAGAUACGAAGUACCGAUUUUUGGGCCGAUAGCAAGCGGGAUCUUGGACGACGAGUAGACGACUGUGGUUAUUGGGGCUCAAACGCAUCAGGAUCAGUCCGGCAUCGUGGUUGUCCUGGGAGAGUUGAUACUUGACACUUGACGAGAGGUGUGAAUACGGCCUUCUCGUACUCUAAUGUAAUGCGCUGGUAUAUUUUUAGUCCGAUGAGGGAUGUAUCGAAUCAAUUCCUGUGUUAUCGAGCCGCUUCCCCGUAAGGGACUAGCUCAAGGGUUUUGGUCAACUCCGUUUAAGACUUCAUGAACAUCGAAAUUGAGUGAAGCACAGCA